CUGGCGCGCUAAGGGGAGAAAAGAUGGCGGCAGCGGCGGCAGCUGGUGCGGCCUCUGGGCUGCCGGGUCCAGUGGCACAAGGAUUGAAGGAGGCGUUGGUGGAUACACUCACCGGGAUCCUGUCCCCAGUGCAGGAGGUGCGAGCCGCCGCCGAGGAACAGAUUAAGGUGCUGGAGGUGACGGAGGAAUUUGGUGUUCACUUGGCAGAGCUGACUGUAGAUCCUCAGGGGGCACUAGCAAUCCGUCAGCUGGCAUCAGUCAUCUUGAAGCAGUAUGUGGAGACUCACUGGUGUGCUCAAUCAGAGAAGUUUAGGCCUCCUGAAACUACAGAAAGGGCAAAAAUUGUUAUCCGGGAGCUAUUGCCCAAUGGGUUGAGAGAAUCAAUAAGCAAAGUGCGCUCCAGUGUGGCCUAUGCAGUGUCAGCCAUUGCCCACUGGGACUGGCCUGAAGCCUGGCCCCAACUCUUCAACCUGCUCAUGGAGAUGUUGGUGAGCGGAGACUUAAAUGCCGUCCAUGGAGCCAUGCGUGUGCUGACAGAAUUUACUCGAGAAGUGACAGACACACAGAUGCCACUUGUUGCUCCCGUCAUUCUCCCAGAGAUGUAUAAGAUCUUCACCAUGGCUGAGGUGUAUGGUAUUCGAACCCGUUCCCGAGCUGUGGAGAUUUUUACCACUUGUGCCCACAUGAUCUGUAACAUGGAGGAACUGGAAAAGGGUGCAGCCAAAGUCCUGAUCUUUCCUGUGGUGCAGCAGUUCACAGAGGCCUUUGUUCAGGCCCUCCAAAUACCAGAUGGCCCCACAUCUGACAGUGGUUUUAAGAUGGAGGUCCUAAAGGCAGUGACAGCCCUAGUAAAAAACUUCCCAAAGCACAUGGUGUCCUCCAUGCAGCAGAUUCUGCCUAUUGUUUGGAACACCCUAACUGAGAGUGCAGCUUUUUAUGUGAGGACAGAAGUGAAUUACACAGAGGAAGUAGAAGAUCCUGUGGAUUCUGAUGGUGAAGUCCUGGGCUUUGAAAAUCUCGUCUUUAGCAUAUUUGAAUUUGUCCAUGCCCUACUAGAAAAUAGCAAGUUCAAAAGCACUGUUAAGAAGGCCUUGCCUGAAUUGAUUUACUAUAUUAUCCUGUACAUGCAGAUCACUGAAGAACAGAUUAAAGUAUGGACAGCCAAUCCCCAACAGUUUGUAGAAGAUGAAGAUGAUGAUACUUUCUCCUAUACUGUAAGAAUUGCAGCUCAAGACUUACUGCUGGCUGUGGCCACAGAUUUCCAGAAUGAGAGUGCAGCAGCUCUGGCUGCAGCAGCCACUCGGCAUUUACAAGAAGCCGAGCAAACCAAAAACAGUGGCACUGAACACUGGUGGAAGAUCCAUGAGGCAUGCAUGCUUGCCCUAGGCUCAGUGAAGUCCAUCAUCACUGACAGUGUGAAAAAUGGCAGGAUUCAUUUUGACAUGCAUGGAUUCCUGACCAAUGUCAUCCUUGCAGACCUCAACCUGUCAGUGUCUCCUUUCCUCUUGGGCCGGGCACUUUGGGCUGCCAGUCGGUUCACUGUUGCUAUGUCCCCUGAACUGAUCCAGCAGUUCCUACAGGCAACAGUUAGUGGUCUUCAUGAGACACAGCCCCCAUCAGUUCGGAUUUCUGCCGUGAGAGCCAUCUGGGGUUAUUGUGACCAACUGAAAGUCUCAGAGAGUACCCACGUGCUUCAGCCCUUCCUCCCCAGCAUUCUUGAUGGCUUGAUUCACCUAGCAGCCCAGUUCAGCUCAGAGGUCCUCAACCUGGUGAUGGAGACCCUGUGCAUAGUUUGUACAGUAGACCCAGAAUUCACAGCAAGCAUGGAAAGCAAAAUCUGCCCCUUCACCAUCGCCAUUUUCCUAAAGUACAGCAAUGAUCCUGUCGUCGCCUCGCUAGCUCAGGACAUCUUCAAGGAGUUGUCCCAGAUCGAAGCCUGUCAGGGCCCAAUGCAGAUGAGGCUGAUUCCCACUCUGGUCAGCAUAAUGCAGGCCCCAGCCGACAAGAUCCCUGCAGGGCUCUGCGCGACAGCUAUUGAUAUCUUGACCACAGUAGUAAGGAAUACAAAGCCUCCACUUUCCCAGCUUCUCAUCUGCCAAGCUUUCCCUGCGGUGGCACAAUGCACUCUUCACACAGAUGACAACGCCACCAUGCAGAAUGGUGGAGAGUGCUUGCGGGCCUAUGUGUCAGUGACGCUGGAGCAGGUAGCCCAGUGGCAUGACGAGCAGGGCCACAAUGGGCUGUGGUAUGUGAUGCAAGUGGUGAGCCAGCUCCUGGACCCUCGCACCUCCGAGUUCACUGCGGCCUUUGUGGGCCGCCUUGUCUCCACCCUCAUCUCUAAGGCAGGGCGGGAGCUGGGAGAGAAUCUGGACCAGAUUCUUCGUGCCAUCCUCAGUAAGAUGCAGCAGGCAGAGACUCUCAGUGUCAUGCAGUCUCUGAUCAUGGUGUUCGCUCAUCUGGUGCACACCCAGCUGGAACCUCUCCUGGAGUUUCUGUGUAGCCUCCCAGGACCCACUGGCAAACCUGCCCUGGAGUUUGUGAUGGCUGAGUGGACAAGCCGACAGCAUCUGUUCUAUGGCCAAUAUGAAGGCAAAGUCAGCUCUGUGGCACUGUGUAAACUGCUCCAGCAUGGCAUCAACGCAGAUGACAAACGGCUACAGGAUAUCCGCGUGAAAGGAGAAGAGAUCUACAGCAUGGAUGAGGGCAUCCGCACCCGCUCCAAGUCAGCCAAAAACCCAGAGCGCUGGACAAACAUUCCUUUGCUGGUCAAGAUCCUAAAGCUGAUCAUCAAUGAGCUCUCCAAUGUCAUGGAGGCCAAUGCCGCUCGCCAAGCCACUCCUGCAGAGUGGAGUCAAGAUGAUUCCAAUGAUAUGUGGGAGGACCAGGAAGAGGAGGAGGAGGAGGAGGAGGAUGGUUUAGCUGGCCAACUUUUGUCUGACAUUCUUGCUACAAGUAAAUAUGAGGAGGAUUACUACGAGGACGACGAGGAAGAUGACCCCGAUGCCCUGAAGGAUCCUCUCUAUCAAAUUGAUCUGCAGGCAUAUCUCACAGACUUCCUCUGCCAGUUUGCUCAGCAGCCCUGCUACAUAAUGUUCUCAGGCCACCUUAAUGACAACGAGAGGCGGGUUCUACAGACCAUUGGCAUCUGAAAGGGGGAACCUUUCCACAUUUGCUCCUUCUCCUGGUCCAGCCACAAACCAUUUUGCAGCCCUCAUGGCUUUGAGAUGCACUUUCUUCUCAACCUAGAGUGGCCUCCUGGCCCUUGGCCUCUGCAGAGUGACACUGACAACAACUCAGACCAAGCUCACCAGUGCCGUCACUUAGGAAUGCUGGAACAAAGGAUAUUUCUCAAAGUCCCCCUGAAGACAUCCCAUCUCUAGAACCUUUUUUCUCCCCAACUCUGCCCCUACCUCUCUUCCUAGAGUCCUCUGCUGGCCAGUCCAGAAACAUUGUUGCCCAGAAGAAUUAUGUAUUCAUGGAUUAUUUUGCCCCACCUCAAGAGCACAGGAAGUCAUGACCAUUUAUAUUCUAAAACAGACUUGUCUACUUUUAUAGGACAACAGAUUUGUUCAGAUAGAAAUCCUCUUGAGAGAUCAUUAUGCUUUCUGAUCUUGACCUCUGAUGCUCUGGGAUCUUAGGAGGAACAAGCAGGAGCGGCUACAUUCUAAGCUCUUUCCAGUGAACUCUCCUCUCUGCUUCCCUCCUACAACACUAAGGCUCCUCUCUCAAAGGAAGUCAUCUUGUUUUGCCUCAUUGCAUGACACAACCCCUCCCCCCAAGCUUUUCCUAUAUAUACAUGCACACACAAAAUAUGCCAGACAGAUGGCAAUUUGUUUUUCCUUUUUUAGAAAACAAAAUGGAAAAAAAGGAUUUUUUAAAAAUCCACCUGACCCAACUUUAUUUAGUAUGCCUCUCCCACACAUUACACAGAGUCUGAUAUUCAAAGGUUAUCCCCUCUCCCUCAAGAAUCCUCUUAAAGUGGUUAAGUUGUAGCCCCCAAAUUUGCAACAUGUAUUUUUCUAGGACAGUAAAAUAAUCUUUACAAGUCAAUUUAGUCGACAUGUUAUAAGGUGUCUUAGCCCCUCUUUGCCUUCUAGUCCCUUUAGAAGGAAAGUAAAAAAAGGCAGUGGGGGGGCAGAUUAACUAGAGCCUAUUUAAACAUUUUAGUGUGUUUUGGCAAACCUAGCUCAAAAUGAUUCUUAGAGAACUGGCAUUGUUCAAUCAGGUAUUUUUAAGGGAGAUCCCUUAAUUGGGAAAUUUAGUUUGUUGUGGGUUCAAAGAGUAAAUGAGGAUAAAAAAUCAAAAGGAAGGGCCGAGCCCAUGGCGCACUCGGGAGAGUGCGGCGCUGGGAGUGCGGCGACGCUCCCGCCGUGGGUUCAGAUCCUAUAUAGGAAUGGCCGGUGCACUCACUGGCUGAGUACCGGUCACGACAAAGACAAAAAAAAAAAAAAAAAAAAUCAAAAGGAAGAAGGUAAAGCCCAGAGUUCCCUCUUUUUGAUAGCUCCUACAUCUGGAGCCCCAUUUUUAAUAGCCACAGAAUUUUUUUAGGUUGAUCUUCUCACAAAUAGGAAAUACAAUAUAAAGUGAAUCUGAAUCUCCAAAGGGAAGGGCCCCACCGUGGGGUAUUUACUCUGUAGUACUCUAUGGAAACCUAGGAUGUUGUAGCUGGUAAUGACUAUACGCCACUAGAUGUCCCUAGUGUUCAACCUCCAUGACUGAGGUGGGAGGUAUUUCAGUUAGUUACGAUCUUAGAAAAGCCUAAGGGCAUGUGCUCAGUUGUCCUCUGCUAGCCAGGUUGUGAAGCUAAUACUGGAUUCUGCUCCUGUUGCUUUUCCUCUUUGAGUUGGAGGAGUCCUUGAUAUUGGGGAAAUGAUGGCAGGUCUGGCCAAGUGGUACUCAGGAAACUGGUCUGAUCCUUGGAGACUUGCUCCAUAGUGGAUCUCAAGGCAGUGCCAUUUGGGUUUGGAACUGAAGGCAGCAGAUUGUUCCACAAGGCCAAGUCAGCCUCUGAAUUUGGCAUGCAAGAAUGAUCUCAUGCUAGCAGAAUUGAACUGCUGAGUUUGGGAAGGCUUGAGGCUCCCACAUAUAGACUGAGAAUGGGCCUGCUAAUUAGAAAAAUAGUCAAUAUCUAGUGCCAAAAGUGGUCCUAAGUCCUCUGGCAGGGGUCCUCUCUUCCUGCCCUCAUGCAGAUUUGGGGAAGACUAGGCCUCCUGCCUGAAGGAGAACUUGAGUCCUGAGGAAGGGCCCUAGUAUCAUUUGGGGUCACCCCAGGCCAGCAGACUUGCAGCUGUAGUUGAGAGCAGAGGGUCUUGGAACCCUUUGUGUACAGGUACUUCCUUGUGUUUCCAUAGUAUUUUCAUGCACAUUAUCUCAUUUAACCUUUAUAAUAGUGUAUUAGUCUGUUUUGUGUUGCUAUAACAGAAUACUUGGAACUGAGUAAUUUAUAAAAAAAAAACGAAAUUUAUCACUUACAGUUUCUGAGGGUGGGAAGUCCAAAGUCCAUCUGGUGGUGACACAGUGACCCAGGAGUCUCACAUUGCAAGAUAGGGAAGCAGAGAGAGAGCAAGACAGACCCUCCUAUUCUUUUAAAGCCUCAGAACUAUACCCCUGACCACCAUUUUUAAUCCAUUCACUACUGCACAGUCCUACAAUCCAAUCACCUCUUCAAGGCUCCACCUUUCAGUUACCAUAAUAGGAUUUCCCACCCUCUUAACAGUCACAGUGGGGCUAAGUUUCUAAUACAUAAAACUUGGAGGACGCAAUUCAAGUUUCAGUGGGUUUGGGGGGGACAUAGUUCAAUCCACUACACAGCGUGGAUGUUACUUAUUUUCUAUUAUUGAGGAAAAGAAUUUGGAGAAACUGUCUAGUGUCAUCAGGAAGAAGAAAUCUGUUGGAAGCCAGUGGUAUUGACAGAAAGUUGAUCUCUAGCUCCUGUUUUGUCUCCUUUUUGGCCAGAGAGAACUAGCUUCAGUCUGGACAGGGCAGGACUAACUGGUUAGGAGGAGCUGACAUUCAAGAUAAAACAAGUGAGGUCAUAAUAAGCAAGCAUUUAGCUGCUCUUAGAUAUUUCCGGUCUCCUGACUGGCGAACAGCAGCAGGACACCAAGGGGUUUCUCAGGAGUUUGUUGAGCUCUUAGUGGAGAGAACUGAAGAGACAAUGAAAGAAACACUGGGAGACUGAAAAGCAGAUAAAAGUCCAAGAAAGGAAGCCAGUAUCACAAGUCAGACCUGUAAAUAACAUUGAUUAGGAAGUUUGAACCUACAACAAAUGACUCAAAAGCAGAUAAAUAAGAAUGAUGAAAAAUAACCAGAAGACUUUAAUACAUGUUCAUUAUGAGCUUAAGAGCAAGUGAUGCCAAACUCCUUAUAGUCUUUUUCAGUUUUGUUAACUAGAUAAUGUGGACCUAGUAUAGAGUCAAAGCAUUAGGGAGAUAAACACCAAGGUUAAGGGGUGAGAUUCCCCAGCUACCCAAAAAACAAAAGAGCAUUAGGAAGAUAGAAAUUGGUAAAUAACAGGCCGGCCUGUGGCUCACUUGGGAGAGUGCGGUGCUGAUAACAUCAAGGCCACGGGUUCGGAUCCUAUAUAGGGAUGGCUGGUUUACUCGGUGGGUGAGCGUGGUGCUGACAACACCAAGUCAAGGGUUAAGAUCCUCUCACCAGUCAUCUUUAAAAUAAAAAAUUGGUAACUAACCACCAACUACCAUCAAUUAACGCCUUGUAGUAUGGCUUCUAACGAUAUGUCCCAGGGCUUUGUCCUUAGCCCAUCCUUUGAUAUGAAUGAUGAAUGAGGUUUUUUUAUGCCAUACCCAUUCCAAAAAAAUUUGAAGCCAUUUAUCAAAAGAAAUAAUUAGAUAAGCAAGGAAUGCUGGUCAUAUUUUUAGAUAAUAGGAAACCCCUGGGAAGGAUGACAGUUCAGAAUCUAAAUUUAAGAUCCAAGCAAGUAUCUCUAAAAGCUAGGAUCACUGUGCCUGUCAGUGCUCCUAGCUGCAGUAUUCCCUUCUAGUGCUCAGCAAGAGGCUCCCUGCCAGAUGAGCCUACUGCCAGAGGAAAACCGAGACGUAGAGGACCUAAACUGUGUCAACAGAAAGAAGCUUGAAGGAACGGAGAAUGCUCAGCUGAGACAGAAUCAAGGAAGACAGGACACUGCUUUGGGAAAUCAGAUUGUCAAAUUAAAGACACUUUCUCAUGCCAGCCAGACAGACCUAUGACCAUGAGUAGGUAAUAGACAAAAGGCCAGUUUUUGGCUACUCUGUUUCUUUUCAAUUUCAGUGAGCAUUAAACUUGCAUUAGACAUGCAAGGCCAGUGCUAGAUGCUGGAGAGGCUUGGCCCCUUCCCUCAAGAAGUUAGCCUAUAAAUAGUGCAAUAAAUGUGGGGAGUGCUAUGAAAGAAAGAAGUACUGUGUUCAGUCCUCACUGCCCGAAAAAGGAAUUGGCUAAUGGUAAGUGGGGGGAAGAAUUCAGGUAAGGUUGCAUGAACAGAGCACUUGCAAGGGGCUAACACUACCUAGUUAGACUUCAGAGCAUUUAAAUGCCAGUGACUAUGCUAAAUACUUCUACUGGGAUUAUCUCACUUAAACCACCUGCUGACUUUACAAAGUACGUUAUUUUGCUUACCCCAUUUUAUAGAUUGAUGACACUGAGGCAGAGAUAGUAAAUGUUACUUGCCAAAGGUCACAUUGCAAGUGUGUGAUAACCAUCCAAGCAGCUUGCACUAGUUCUGUCUUGCCUUUCCUAUGCAUUUGCCAGGCAGAUGAGGUGGGGUAGGACAUUCCAGAGAAAAGAAAGUAAGAAAAGACCAUCAUGAAACAAUUUCAUUUUCAGACCUUAUAAAUCCACUAAAAUUAUUGAAAUUUAUGGUUCAUGGGGGUCUCGGACAGAAACAAAGACGGAAGCACAAGUGAGGACCAGAUGGCAGAAUCCUACAAGAUCUACUUCCUCUAGAGAAUGGGAGACCACCCAAGAAUUUUAAGCAGAGACGACAUGAUCAGGUUUUCACCUUAGCAAGUAUUCUGGUGUCAAUCCAAACAUGACAAGAAGGACAACUUGGAACCUGGGAUGAAGGGGUGAGAGAUGGGAAACAGGAAUACAGUCUGGCAGCAGCUACGACAGUCCACGUGGGAGAACCAGGAGACUGGACCAAGGAGUAACUAGAGAGGAUGGAGUGAAAGAGAUGGAUUAGUGAAAUGUUGUCAAGGUAGAGUCUAUAGGACUUAAGACUGAUCGGGAAGGAUUUUUUCAGAAGUGACAGCUGUGGAACAAGUUGUCUUGCAGUGUUGCAAUGAGUUCCUCCCCAUCCAUGGAAGUGCCCAACCAGAGGCUGGACAUUCAGUUAGCACUCAUACCUAUCAUGGAAAAAUCUCCCAUUCUCAGAGGGAUUUACUACUAGGAUCCCGGUAGUAAAGCAGCCAAAAGUAAUUAAUAAAAUUUCAAAAAUUGUGAAUUA